GUUUGGUUUAGUUGGUGUGUCAACUCUCAGCAGGUCAGGGGCAUUUUGCUUUUGUGGGCCUAGAAAGGGAGCAGGAGCUGUGCUUUCUCGUGUUGGGCUUUGUUGGUUUCUCUUAGAUUUUUUUUUUUUAAUUUCCUUUUCUCUUUUAGCGUCAGGGUUUUAGUCAUUCGCCUUCAUCUAAUCCUCCAUGAAAGGUGGUAGGUUGAUGGGGGUUGACUUCUUUUCCAAGGAGAGAGAGAGAGAGAGAGAGAGAGAGAGAGAAUUGGAAUUCUUCGUAACCAAGUCUUUGGGCGUUUUUGUUGGUUUCUUCUAAAUUCUAUAAUUCUAAUCCCCGUUUAGUGCUAUGAGUGGUGUGGGUUUUCUCUAUUGCCAAUUUAUCAACACACGAAUUUUCCUGUUUUUUCUUUUGCUUGGCUGUUGCUGGGCUUUCUGUCACCCUGCCUUUUGUUUGCGGUCGAUUGUCUUCUGUUAUUAAAGGAUUCUUGAGCCAAAGAAGUUGUGUUUUUCCUUUCUUGUUCACAUUCUGUAAAUUGAAUGUGGGAAUGGAUUAUUUGUAAUUGAUCUUGCCUUCUUUGAUCCAAGGAGCAAGGUGAUAAAUGCUAAAGGCUGUCGUCUAAGCCAUUGUGGACUGAGACAAAGACUGUAAUCCUCAAUGGUUAGCUUACGAAGGCGUAAACUCUUGGGACUGUGUGCUGGGAGAAGUUCUUUCUUGACUCCACUUCCUCGAUUUUUUGAUCAUGGAACAGCUCCUUUAAGCUCUACUCAGAAUGCCAGGUUUGUCAGUGUACAUCCUCUGCCGUCAGAUGAUGUCAAGCAGCCAGGGGAGAAAAGCAUUUUCAAAGUAGGAGCUGGUUUGUCAAAUGUGUCAGCUUCUAGCUCAUCAAAAGAGCAGCAAUCUCAACCGUAUCCAGGGCAGCCAGUUAAACGCAGAAAGCGACACAGGAGAAAGCAUGUUCAAAACCAGGAACCAUGCCUGAUGAGAGGUGUGUACUUCAAAAAUAUGAAAUGGCAGGCAGCAAUUAAAGUUGACAAGAAGCAAAUCCACUUGGGGACUGUUGGUUCACAAGAAGAGGCUGCCCAUUUGUAUGACAGGGCUGCCUUCAUGUGUGGGAGGGAACCCAACUUUGAGCUUCCUCAGGAGGAGAAGCAAGAACUUGGAAAAUUCAAAUGGGAUGAAUUUUUGGCAAUUACUCGCAGUGCAAUUAAUAAUAAAAAACACAAGAGACGGAAUGGAGCUGAGUUGCACAAGAGAUCUGAACCCGAAUUGCAGAACGGUGACUGGGAUGACAAGCAAGGAGCCAACAGCUUUUCAGCUUCAGAAGAUGUGGAGCCAGACUCAUCCACCUCCUGAAUAUUUUGGUUUCGGAAAUGAGGCUGAAUAAUCCUUUUCUAACAGUGGAGCUUUAGCUUGUCCUCCAUUUUUGCUGUACAAAGUCCCCUAUUAGGACAGAUGAUGGUAGACAUCAUCUUUUAGCAAGCAGAUCUUUACACUUUUAACUCAAUAAAGAGACAGAAAGCGCAAAUAUUAAAUGGCUGCCACUGUCUGCAAUCACCAUCAUCUGCAGACCCUCUUAAAUACAUAGCUAUACUUGGUUACUUGUCUUUUAUAUUUUUCUUCUUUUCCUUUUUGGGCCUCCAUUGUGAAUGUUGGAAAACAGCAGAAUUUCUUUGCACAAUAGUUCCAAUGAGUAUCAUUAAUGGAUCAUCA